AUGCGAGUCAUCAAAAAAGCGGUCAGAAAUUCUACCUUUCUUACUAAAUCUGCUAAAAAUAUUCCGAAACUGGCUGUGGAAAUGAAAUUGAAAUCUUUGCGAUGUCCUUUAUGUAUUGAAUAUUUCAUCCCAUCUUACAAAGAUCCAAAGUGCCCAGUCAUUACGAAAUGUGGAAUUCUGUUGUGCUUACAAUGUUUGAAAAAUGAACCCGACAAAACGAAAAGAAGUUUCCCUUGUAAAUCAAAUUGUGCUGAUUGUUUGAGUGAAGUAGCGCCUGCACACUUCCUUUUUGGUAUUUUGAACGAAAUUUUGAAUUGUGUGAAUGGGAUUGAAGGAUUUCUGAGUACUCCAAUAGCUUAUCGAGCGAAGAUUCAAAGACAAAUGGAAUGUGAAAUCUGUCAUGAUGGAUAUGAAAUGGAGAAAUCCGAUAAAAUGCCUCAUCCACUCGACUGUGGACACACAUUUUGUUAUCGAUGUUGUCUCGAACUCUCACAAAUUACGAUUCGCCCAAGCGCUUUCUUUCAAAUCGCUGACAAGGAAAGCUGCAACUUCCAUUACUCUCAAAUCGAUUCAUUUAAAUUCAAAUCUCAACAUAAACUUUAUCUUUACACCAUUCAAGUUGUCAAUCAAAAUUUGGGAGGACAAAAGAAAAAAAUUUAUGUCACGGUUAAACAAGAAGAAAAAGUGAUUCGAAAAAUUGCGGCAAUGGUUGCAGGACCAGGACCAAUAAAUUUUCCAUUGAUUGUUCCGGUUGAGUUAACUCCCCAAACAAUUUACACAAUAGGAUUUGAACUUGAAGAAAACGGAGGAAUCAAUCAUAAUGGGUCUUUUCUCGGAUCACAGACUGUUGAUGGGAACAAAUAUGAAAUCAGCUUCUCAGAUUACGGACACAAGAAUUUGACUCAAGGCUGGCAUUCGUUUGUUCUGAUUGUUGGAAAAGAGCGCUUCAAUUCAUAUUUCAACGCUCCAAAGACUAAAGGUUUAGAGCUAUUGAUUGACGAAUGCUUUUUGCCCGACUAUAAUCCAAAGAGUGAAAUAAUCAAUUGUCCGCUUUGUUCAAAAGUCUCUGAUUUUAUUCCAAUUAUUGAUUCCAAUCAUCCAAAGGAACAUUGUUUAAAAGAAUUUAUGAUCGAAUUCGAGGAUUUACUUCAAAAAGCAAAAAUGCUUUCUUGUGAAUGUGGAAAAUCGGUUGAUGUGGAUGAUCUUCUCACCUGUAUCACUUGCAAAGCUGGAGAAAGCAAUACUAAAUCCGUGCCCAUUUGUGCAAAAUGUUUUGUCGCAAACCACAACGGACAUCACUUUGAACCGGCUGCAAAACAGGAGAUUCUAUCAAUGAACAACCAAAUGUCAAGCUUUUUGCAAAUGAAUCUCAAGACAUAUGAAGUGAUUAUUCCAACAUUGAGCGAAAAAGUGGCUGAAUUGUUAGAAGCGAUUCCAAAGAAUUGUGAAGACUUUGAGGAGAAGAUGCAGGCAAAUGUCUCGUAUGAAAAAGCUUUUGAAAAAGUGGCUGAAUGCAGAGAACUCGCGAAAAACUAUGAAACAAUUUGCGAAGAUUUCGUCCCUCAUCUUCGUGGUUUGGAAAAGAAAUUGCAGCAAAUUGUCGUCAGUGUGGAGAAGCUGAAAACGCUCGCACCGGAAAGCUCAAAA